AUGGUUUCAAACUUCUCUCAACAUCCAAACAAGAGAUGCACUGCUCAAGGUUUUUCUUCUUCCACAUCCGCGGGUGGAAACUUUGAGGCUCGGCGAAGGGAGAGAAACCAACAUGUGGGCCGUAUUCAAAAGAAACCAUAUCAUGUAAUGAAUCGCCAUGUUCGACCAUCAACUAGGCCACGAGUACAUGUAAAUGACGUUCAUGAACAUUGCCAACAAUUAGACCCAUCUUUUGGUUUAGCUCAUCAUCCACACGUUCCUCUUCCAACAGCCAUGAAUUCUCUACCUUCAAGUCAUACUGAUAAUGCCCUGAAUUCGCCCGACAUGAACCAUCCUUCAUUUGUGCAGCAACUUCUUCCUCAAAGUGGAGAGGCCCCUCAUUCAGUUCAAACUUUGGCACUUCAAGCUUUUAUGUUAGGGCUCUAUUGUGCUCUCAAUCACAAAAACCAUCCUAUCGGAAGGCAAUUAUUGCUCAAGUAUCAUCCCAUGUUACGGAUGAGUAAUAGUACAUGUAGGGACGGAACACUUUCAUUCUUGAAUACUCCCAAUAAUACAAUUGUUGAAGAAGGCCCUUCCUCUACAAAUCACUCCCCUCACCAACAUGUUCAGCGUUCGGAAGCAAGUCAAUCUCUAACUCUGGAAGCUGGAUCUGUCUGCUCAAAAACAAGACCUAUAAGAACAUCCGUUUCAAUUAAGGAAUUGCUCAAUGAGUGA